AUGGCUCAAGCCUCACCUCCUGCCACGGUAGUUGACAAACCCAUCCACACCAUCAUUCUCGAUUCAUCGCCCCUCCUGCUCAACACUCCAGGUAUCUCGACUCUCCUAGCGCAUGGACACGAUCUUGUCACCACUCCUACGGUGAUUGCUGAAAUAAGAGGCGAGGAAGCAAGAUCAAGAAUAGACACCCUGUACAAGCCCUUUCUUACUAUUCGGGCCCCAAGGUCAGAGAGUAUUAAGUUGAUCAAAGAUUUCGCGCGAAAAACUGGAGAUGGCGCCGUUCUCAGUGCCACGGAUUUUGAGAUACUUGCACUAGCCUACGACAUAGAGUGUGAGCGGAAUGGGGGCCACUGGAGAUUAAGAUCUACGCCUGGGCAGAAGAGGUUGAAUGGCAGUCCACCGUCCCAAAACACAGGAACAACCUACAAGGGAACAACGGACGAACCAGUCGAUCGGCCGCUGAGCACCGGUGCGGAAGACGUGAACGAUAUCGAAGAAAAGAUAGCAGACGUGGGUCUUCAGGAUGACACUGAACUCAUAGAGCCAGGAUUCGUGGAGACUAUGGAUAGAGGAUCCCAAGAAGCAUCCAGUCAGCCAUUACCAAGCGACGAAGUGCCGCAGGACCUCCCAGUGGGCCCUUCGGCGAGCCGGGAGGAGUCUGAUUCUGACUCAGGCUGGAUAACACCAGCGAAUAUUAAAAAGAAGAAAGCCAAAGACGACUCAGCAAGCAGCAAAUCUACGAACGAGAUUAAACAAUUGCAAGUUGCUACCAUGACAGGAGAUUUCGCCAUGCAGAAUGUCCUUCUUCAAAUGAAUCUCAACCUCUUGUCGGCUAAAACGUGCCAGCGCAUCUCGCAGAUCAAGCAGUUCGUUCUGCGAUGUCAUGGCUGUUUCUCUACAACCAAGGACAUGACGAAACAGUUCUGUCCUCGAUGUGGUCAACCCACAUUAACCAGGGUCAGUUGUUCAACCAAUGACAAAGGCGAAGUCAAAUUACAUCUCAAGGCCAACAUGCAGUGGAACAAUAAAGGUAAUGUGUUCUCUGUACCCAAAGCUACAAGUGGAACGUCGAAUCAAAAGUGGAAGGGGCCGAGGCAAGGCGGAGGGCAAGGAGGUUGGGGCAAUGAUCUGAUCCUGGCCGAGGACCAGAAGGAGUAUAUUCGAGCCUUGUCAGCCAUGAAACGCAGCAAAGAGCGAGACCCCAUGGACGAAGAUACGCUUCCUAGUAUCCUUUCUGGUCAUAGAGACCAUGGAUCGGGAAAGGUUCGGGUGGGAGCCGGCAGGACUGUGAACUCGAGAAAACGAUAG